GGGAGGGAGGCAGGGAAGGAAGGCAGGGGAAGGCAGGGAGGAGCAGGAAGGGCCAGACUGCCGGACCCGCUCCUUGCCCUUUCUUGCUGGGGAGCUUCCUGGCUCCCAGCUUUCCCCGGCUUCCUUUCUCUUACCUUUCAUCCCAACUCUGCAACUUGGGCCCCGUUCUUUUUGCAAACAGAGGAAGGCAAGCAAGUAAGCGUCGGGAAGCCUUCCAGCGCAAGAAAGAAGGAAAAGCCGGACUUACAAAGCCUUUCGGGAGCUCUCUUCCCAGGCCAAAGGGGUGUGUGUGAAGGGGAGUGAAACCCAGCCAUCGCUGCAUCGGCAAGGACUCUUCCCCCCUUUUUUAUCAUCAUCAUCAUCAUCAUCAUCAUCAUCAUCAUCAUCAUCAUCAUCGUUUCUUUUCUCUCUUUUGCCAGCGAGGGAAGAAAAAGCUCAGCCCGCUCUCUGCCGUUGGACUCCCAAAGAGAGAGAGAGAGAGAGAGAGAGAGAGAGAAGGGGGAAGGAAGGACCAGAGCCCCUAAUUUUGUGGCUUUUGGGGGGAAGUAUCCUUCUUCUUCCUGGGAGAAGAAAGUUUCUUCGGGCAGCCUGGCCCCUUGGCGCUUUGGACCCUGGAGUGAGGCGGCGAAGCCGUGACAUCCCUCCCCUCCUUCCCCCUCUUCCUCCCGGGGAGAAGAGGCCACCCUCCCCGCCGGCCCCACCGCCAUGGCUGGCGAGCUGAGCAUCGGCCCCGACUUGCCCACCAGCCCUUUGGCCAUGGAGUACGUCAACGACUUCGACCUGAUGAAGUUCGACGUGAAGAAGGAGCCCCUGGGCCGAGCCGACCGCUCGGGGAGGCCCUGCACCCGCCUCCAGCCGCCGGCCGGCUCGCUCUCCUCCACCCCGAUCAGCACCCCCUGCAGCUCGGUGCCCUCCUCGCCCAGCUUCAGCCCCACCGAGCAGAAGACCCACCUGGAGGACCUCUACUGGAUGGCCAACACCUACCAGCAGAUGAACCCGGAGGCCCUCAACCUCACCCCGGAGGACGCCGUCGAAGCCCUCAUCGGGCCACACCAGGUCCCCCAGCAACUCCAGAGCUUCGAGAGCUUCCGGGCCGCCGCCCACCACCACCACCAUCACCAGCAGCACCACCACCACCACCAGCACCCUCACCCCCACCAGUACCCCGGGGUCACCCACGAAGACUUGGUCCCGCACCAUCACCACCACCCUCACCACCACCAAGCCUCGCCUAGCCCCUCCAACGCCUCCAGCUCCUCCCAGCAGCUCCAGAACAACCACCAGCACCAGCCGCACCCCUCGUCCUCCUCGUCCUCCUCUUCUUCUUCCUCCUCCUCCAGCAGCGUGGAGGACCGGUUCUCGGACGACCAGCUGGUCUCCAUGUCGGUGCGGGAGCUGAACCGGCACCUGCGGGGCUUCACCAAGGACGAGGUGAUCCGCCUCAAGCAGAAGCGGAGGACCUUGAAGAACCGAGGCUACGCCCAGUCUUGCCGGUACAAGCGGGUCCAGCAGAAGCACCACCUGGAGAACGAGAAGACCCAGCUCAUCCAGCAGGUGGAACAGCUCAAGCAAGAGGUGAGCCGCCUGGCCAGGGAGAGAGACGCCUACAAGCUCAAGUGCGAGAAACUGGCCAGCAAUGGCUUCCGGGAGGCCGGCUCCACCAGCGACAAUCCGUCCUCCCCCGAGUUCUUCAUGUGAGUCCCUCUCCAGACACGCCAGACCCACCGAGAUUUCCACCCAGGACCCGGCUCCCCACUCCUUCCCCUCUCUCCAUCUCCAUCCAUCUCCCCUCUCCAGAAGGUCCGAAGAAGAAGAAGAAGACCCUGAGAUGAUGGGUAGGUUGCCCCAGCUCAUGACUGUGUGGUCUUCUCAGCAUCUUGACCUGCCUCCUCUAGUUGAGCUGUGAAGGUCGGAGUGGGUAGGAAAGGGGUGCGACUUUUCUUCUUCUUGUGGGGUAAGGCAGGGAGCAAAAAGGAGGAGGUGAGAGAGAAGGAGGGGUGAGAGGUUGGGGAAGGGAAGCCAAGGACUGGUUUGAAGACAGACAAAACCGUUUUAUACCGAUCGAUUGCUUGCUUGUAGAACUUGAGCCUGGACUUUGCGAAACAAAAGGGAUGGGCACUGGACAAAGCCAUCCAGAUGAUUUUGCUUUGGAGUUCUUCUUGUUUUGUUUUUUUCUCCUCCAGAGGAAGAAAACAAAGGGUGGGGCUGGGGUUGGGGGGUAUAAAUGCAGAUAGGCCAGGGAGAGAGCGAGGACAAUAUCUGGCACCUCUUCGCGAAUUGCCGGCCUCGAGAAAAAAACGAAAGAGACACGAUUCACAGGGGACUCUUUCGGUGCCAGAAAGGGGGAAAAGAGAACACAAAGUGUGAGAGACGCCUCCUUGGUUUUAUUGCCUGCUUGAUUAUAUAGAAAGAAAGAAAAAAUUACGAAAAAUCAGCAUUAAAAAUAUUAAUCCUGCAUGCUGGACAUGUAUGGUAACUUCUAUUUUGUACCAUUUUUUUCUUGUUUAAACUUUUCGCAUGUCGUUGACCAUUGACCAUAGCUGCUUCUUUUCUCCUUCUGUUUUUUUUCUUGUUUGUUUGCAAACAACAGCUCAUGAGUUAUAGAUUUUCCCAAAAGCCCUCUUCGUGCAACUUUUUGAUGUCUCUUUCUAACAGUUAUUACUUUUGUUGUUUAAGAACCUGGGCCCAAUCCACCACGAAUUUCUUCUCAUGAGAAUUCAAUGGGGGCUGGUUGAGUCGAGUUGGUGGAUUGGGCCCUUUGGGAGCUUGUAAAUAUCGGCAACACCAACCCGCGCAGGGCAAAACACACGAACAUUUCAGCAGGCUGGUUUUCGAUGGUUUGGUCGCCCUUUUUCUUUUCCUUUUCCUUUUUUUAACCCCCCCCCCCCGGGAAAAUAAUAACCUACAAAGGAGGGAAAGUGAUAGAGGGGUUCUGGGCAUUUUGGCAUUCAGAGAACAACUUUGUACGUUUGGUGCACUUUUCCCAAAGUGACACUUUUUUAUAUAUAUACAUUCAUAUAUAUAUAUCUAGAGAGAGAGAGAUGCAUAAACUACUUUUCAUUUUGUUUUUUGUUGGGGUCCAAAGUGACCAACCUGAACCUCCCCACUCUCAGAUUAAAAGAUAAAUCCAUAUUUAAAGAGAAAGCAGCUGAAAGGAGGAGUGUCAGUGGCGUUUGAAAAUAAAUCCAAGUUCAAUUGAAGUACUCUGGAACUCGAAAUGUUUUGGAGAAGGGGGAAGAUGUCCUUCAGAAAUAAGGGGCUAAAAGGAGUACCCAGCUUGUUGGGGGCAAUUCGCUUACACUUUGUAAACCGCUUAGUGCUUAAGUGCACUGAGAAGCGGUAUAGAAAUGUACUUGCUAUUGCUAUAUGGGAUCCCAGGAAGAAUAUUACUUAAGAGGUGUUAUUAACCCCAGGAAGAAUGUUACUCAAGAGUGGCAGGAAGGGAAUUUGAGGCUGGGUCUUCACUAAACCCAUCAGCCGAUGUAUCCAUCUGGGCCACUGAUUUUAUCACACACUCAGGAAAAUAUAAGGUUAAAACCUAAUAAUGUUCCCCUUCUUUCCCACCGCCUCUUGCAGCAACAAUUGGCCCCUUCCUAUUCUUUCUUAAGGCAAAGAGAGGCCAGUUACUACUUCCAGAGGUUGCCUUUCCAGCUGUUCACUUGCUUUCACUCUGGUUGGAGUUGAGUUGAUCACUAUCAAGAGUAUGAAUGGAUUCUGAAUGCAUAGGGAAAUCAACCUUUUUUUUUUUGCCCCCCUCCAAAAUAUUUUCAAAACAAACCUCACUUUUUAUUUCCAAGUGUAUUCUUUUGCAAUGUUUAAUCUGCUUCUUCAUGCAGCCAGCGAGAGUUUAGCCAAAAUUUCCUAGCCACUGCUAAUAGUUAAUAGCUUUGGAGUCUUAUGGGUGUUCUAUGAUUAUUAUUAUUAUUAUUAUUAUUUUCUUGUUUUGUGUUUCCCCCCCUGUUUUUUUCCCCCCCCCCCCUUUUCCUCCUCCUCCUGCAGGUCAGUAAAAGGAUUUUACGUUGCACUGACAAAAGUACCAAAAUGAAAAACCUUUAUUUUUUAGUUUCCUUUUAGGGAUUGCUGGCACUGCUGGCCGGAUGCAUUUUAAGUUUGUAUUAGUUUAUAAAUUAACAGUAAUACCAAGAAUCAUGAUAAAUGAAAGAGCAUGGUGCUUGCUGUUUUAAAUAUUGUGGAUAUUAAUAGUCAUGCAUCAGGAGAAAAAAAAAAUACCCCUCUGAGCUUCUGGGUUUUUACGGAUUCAACUGUGUUGAAGUCGCAGCAUUGCAACAGCAGUAACGAUGAUGAUAAUAGUGAUAAAAAGAAAUAUUGUUUUUAUUUCAUGUAAAAGUUCUGAAGGGAUCAAUUUCAAAUCCUGCUUAUGAUAUGAAAAAUAUUAAAAAAAACCUCUUGGUCUUA